CCGCGGCUCCGCCUCGUCGUGCUCGACGCCUACGACCUGAGCACCCUGGGCAGGGACCCCGACAGCCCCCGAUACCGGGAGGCCCUGCGGCUGCUGCGGGAGAGGAACCACAACGAGAACCUCAACGACCCCACAGGGCUCGAGGAACCUCAGUUUGUAGAGUUUAAUGGAGGAUUUAGCCAAGCCCAGCUGGACUGGUUUGAUGAAGUCCUCAAGUUCUCUGAUGAAAACAAAGAAAACGUUAUAGUUAUGGGCCAUCUGCCCAUUCAUCCAGAUGCUUCGGACAGGGUUUGCCUGGCCUGGAAUUACGAGGCUGCCCUGGCUGUGAUACACUCCCACCGCUGUGUGGUUUGCUGCCUCGCAGGACACCUGCACGACGGCGGCUACUGCUUGGACUCGCACGGAGUCCAUCACCUCACUGUGGCAGGGGUGAUCGAGACCCCCCCAGAGAGCACUGCUUUUGGGACUGUUCAUGUCUAUGAAGAUAAAAUGGUACUCAAGGGAAGGGGCAGAGUUCCAGACAGAGUGAUGCACUUCUGA